AACCGGUAAAAGCGCGGGAACACGGAACCGCCACGUCACCCCGUCGCAUUCCGAUCACUCUCUUUGAGAACACGGUAACCCCGUGUCCCUCUAUUUCCCGAAACCCUAAAUCGAAUCGAUUUCCCAUUUUCCCUCAUUUUCUCUUCUUCACAAUUCGAAACCAAUGGAGUGCCCCAAGCCUAAACCUAAUCGGGUACGCUUUCAAGAACCAAUGGAGUCCCCGGACCCUAAUCGGAAGCCCAAACUGUACCCGGAGGUCGUCCAAUCCAACCCGGAAGCCCCCUCAAUGUCGAACCCGAAACCCGAACCGUCGGCCCCAAGUCUCUACCCCUCCCUCGACAUGAAGGACCUCGUCGAGGAUCUAUUCCCGGAGAAUCUAUCAUAUUACGAAAUCCCGCCGGAAAAUCAAUUCCCCGAUAGCCCGACCUGCCACGAACCGCCGUCGGCGCCGCCCGUCGCCGCCGAGGAGGUUCUUAUUAAGAUCCCCGGCGCGAUCGUUAACCUAAUUGAUAAGAACUACAGCGUCGAGCUCGCCAGCGGCGACUUCUCGAUCGUGCGGCUAGUCCAAGGCGACGACGUCGUUGCGAUCCUCGCCCGUGUAGAUGAUGAGAUCCAGUGGCCGCUGUUGAAGGACGAAGGCGUGGUCAAGCUCGACGAUUCGCAUUACUUUUUCUCGCUGUACGCGCCGGAGGAUCAUGAGUCGUCGCCGGCGCCGGAGCCGGAGUCCGGCACGGAUGGGAAGACGAAGGAGAAGAAGAAGAAGAAGAAGAAGGAGAAAGCGAAGAAGGCUGAGAAGGAAACUAAGGAGGCUGAUAAUUUCUUGAACUACGGAUUGACGAUUGCGUCGAAAGGGCAGGAGAAAUUGGUGAAGGAAUUGGAUGAGGUUCUGAAGAGUUACAGCAGUUUUUCGGUGCAGAAGGUUUCGGAGAAGGCGAAGAAGAAGGGGGAGGCGUUGGAUAGUUCCCUGGCAUUGGAGACGGCGCCGGCGGAGUUGAGUUCGGAGAAGAAGAAGGAGAUGAAGGAGCAGAGCGCUGCGUAUUGGACCACAUUGGCUCCCAAUGUGGAGGACUAUAAUGGGAGUGCUGCUAAGUUGAUUGCGGCCGGGACGGGGCAGCUGAUCAGGGGGAUUUUGUGGUGUGGAGAUGUCACGGUGGAGAGGUUGAAAUGGGGAAAUGAGGUUAUGAAGAAGAGGAUGGAGCCGGGUUCGAAUAAGGAAAUCAGUCCCCAAACCAUGAGGAGGAUCAAAAGGGCCAAGAAAGUGAGCAAAACAACACAAAAAGUAGCAGCCGGUGUCCUCUCUGGGGUUUUGAAAGUUUCUGGAUACUUCACAGGUGCGGUGGUGAAUUCCAAAGUGGGAAAGAAAUUCUUUCGUCUUCUGCCUGGGGAAAUUUUGCUUGCUGGGCUGGAUGGAUUUUGUAAGGUCUGUGAUGCUGUUGAACUAGCCGGAAAAAAUGUCAUGUCAGCAUCAUCUACUGUUACCACUGAGCUUGUCUCUCACAAAUAUGGUGAAGAAGCAGGUAAGGCGGCAGGCGAAGGGCUUGAUGCAGCAGGACAUGCCAUAGGAACUGCAUGGACUGUUUUCAAGAUCCGAAAGGCAAUGAACCCUAAAAGUGCUUUCAAAUCCACCACCCUAGCCAAAUCUGCUGCCAAGGCAAAAGCUGAUGAGGUAAGGGCAAAGAAGAAGUAAUCAGGAAUCUCAUUUGUAUAGAACUAGUCAGUCCAAAGUUUUUCUUCCCCCAUUUUUUUCCCAAAAUUGUACUAUAGUAGGUGGAGUGUAGAUAUAUGUCAUCUUUGUAACUAUCUUCUAUUCAUUUAUGAUUGAUACAAAUGUUUCCUUAGUAGCACAAAUCCUCAGGACCAUAGAUUGAGCUCCUCCCCUUGUACACUUGUGUUGCUACAAACUCAUCAUAUAACAUUAAUACAGACACAUACCUUUUGAAAA